AUGUUUAGUCUCUUGUUCACGUGAAAAAAAAAACAAAAAAAAAAACAGAUUGCAUUUGGAUAACCACAAGCAAAAUCGAUUUUGAUAUCAUCAAAUCUAUAAAUAUAUAUACGACGUAUACAUAUUACCUCUCAAACCAAACUGAGAUGAGUUUUGGAUCUCGUCUUCUUUUGUUUCUCAUACUAACUCUUCCACUCGUUACAUCUUCAUCCCGAAACACUCUUUCUGUUUCAGGAAUUGGGCAGACAAGGCCAGAUCAUAGAAUGUUGAUGGUGAGCAUCGAGGAUUAUGGUGAUCCCUCUGCAAACACUAGACACGAUCCCAGCGUUCCAACCAAUGCAAAGGCUAACACAACACCUUAAGACUCUUUUGAGUUUACUUGUUUAGUCUUUGUUUAAUAAUUUCUAUUAUUUACUUCUGAAUUAGUUGACUCUCCCCACUCUAUGUAAUCUGUAAUAUAUUUAACUGAGUAACAAAGCAAAAAAAAAAAUUUAGAAACC